UCCCAAAAAUGAAUACUCGUCACUCCCACUCUCACUCCUCGCCCAAAACCCCAACAAAAAUGCUCGACCGAGCCCUCUCCUCACGCCGUUCUCAGCCCCACUCCGAUAUCGACCUCCCCACCACCGUUGUCGCUUCUUCCGUCUCUUCCGAUCCUGAAUCUGCCAACUUAAUCGCGGAUGAGUCCAAAAACAAGAAACCACACCUCUAUCUCCUGGCCACCAAUUACAUUUCUCGCUUGGGACUCGUCAAAUCGCCGUGUCUCUGCCUCUCUCUCUGCCUUAUCUUGAGCGUGUUCAUGCUUUUCUCUUUGAUGCUCAACUCUCGCUCCUUCAUUUGCUUUUCCUCUUAUGACCCGAUCUCUCGGGCCAGUUUCUUCGGUCUCGAUGGGCUCGACUCUGAUUUCGGAUCCCUCGGCGUUCCUUGGUGCAGAUCGAAACAUGGAAAAACAGUUGAAUGGACAUCUAAAGAUUUAAUCAAUGGCUUGGAGGAGUUUGUACCAGUAUAUGAAACACGUCCAAUCAAAAACAACAUGUAUGGGAUGGGUUUUGACCACAGCUUUGGGCUUUGGUUCAUUGCUCGGUGGCUAAAACCUGAUAUAAUGAUUGAGAGUGGUGCGUUCAAGGGGCAUUCCACUUGGGUUCUGCGGCAAGCAAUGCCUGACACACCAAUUAUCUCGCUCACACCUCGACAUCCCGAGAAGUACUUGAAAAAGGGGCCUGCUUAUGUUGAUCUAAAAUGCACAUACUUUGCUGGAAAAGAUUUUGUGGAUUUUGGAAGUGUUGAUUGGGAGAGGGAGCUUAAGAAACGUGGAAUUUCUGAUUUCAGCCAGGUUCUUGUCUUCUUUGAUGACCAUCAGAAUGAAUUGAAAAGGCUAAAGCAGGCAUUAAAAGCUGGCUUUCACCAUCUUGUUUUUGAAGACAAUUAUGAUACUGGAACCGGAGAUCAUUAUUCAUUGAGGCAGAUAUGUGACCAGUUCUACAUAAGAGGAGGUGGCCAUAGCUGCUUUAGGGACAGUGACGAAGCUAGGAUUAGAUCGAAAAGAAAGAAAUUCUGGGAGAAGGCUGUGGAUAUAGAUGAACUUUGCGAGCCACAUGAGGCAUGGUGGGGUGUUAGAGGGGAGAUGCGGGAUAACUUUAACCACAAUAAGACCCCAAUCUCUUAUGGCCAACAUUUUCAAAAUAGCAGGUUUGUUGAAUCGAUUCUUGAUGUAUAUUGGGAGCUGCCACCAGUUGCUGGUCCAUCCCUUACCCACCAAACUCGCUAUGAUCCUGCUCGUGCACCUACUCCUAUUGUCGAAGAUGGCCGGUAUGGCUUGUUUCAGCGGCUUGGUUUAGGCAGGCUUGAGAGAUCUGUAUUUAAUGGAUAUACGCAGAUGGUGUAUCUGCAAAUUUCCAAACCAGAAUCUUGAAAUUGUUCAGGAUCAGGUCUGUUUUAACUUGAAUAGAUGUGUAAAUAUUUUUCUUUUCAUCAUAGCAAGUUCAGAUUAUUUUGUUGUUAAUUCAAAAGAAUGUUACGUCCAAUAUUUAGGAUCAUACGCUAUGAUGUCUUUCCAAUGUAAUUUACUGAUGUGACGAUCAAUAUUUUCCACUUCUGAUCCAAAAAGCACAAUCUGGUGAUCUUCAGUUGGAAGAAAGGGGUUGAAGGGAAUAUUUCACUGAUAAUCCACUACUGACUUUGAAGAGUUUCUUUAACUCAUCUUGUUUCAAUAUGUACAGUUGUAUGUUUGGUUGAAUAACUUGAUUCCACCAACUGAAUUCAUUUUGUUGUGGUGAAUCAAACUGCAGAUCCUAUCGGUCCAUUGGA